GAUACUAAACUUGUUAUCUUUCAUCUUCCAAUAUUCAUAUUUCAAAUGUUGCUCUUAUUGAUAAACAAAAGUGAAAAUCCUAGACUGAUAACCCAUCACAAUUUUAUCACGCUGAACCCUGUUUUGAUACAAAUGAUAGAUUGCUCCGUUAAAAAUACACUUCACAACAGAGAUGCGACUUUGUUUUUUAGUCAACAUAGUUUAAUGAAUACAGUUGAAUAGAAAUUACACUUUAAUCACCUUAAUUUAUUGUGGAAGCAAACAAAGAUUAUUAUUUAUGGAACUGCGUCUAGAUUUUUAAUUAUACGGUUAAAUGGUUCGCGGACUACACGACAGGGCAGAUCGUUAUGUUAGUGUUCAGUUUCGUCAAAAAAAUCAAAACUAGUUUUAAAAUUAAUUUCAUGAAUACGCCAUCGCUUAAUGAAAUUUGCAUAAAAUGAAGAUUAACAAAAGCUUGCUGCCUGUAAAGGCGCAUUUCUUCUUUUUCUUCGCCGCCCUGGGGCCGCUGUUGCCGCAAAUGAAUGUGUUCGGGCGGCAACUGGGAGUCACGCCCGCAGCGAUGGGAAUCGUGACGGCGAUUCUGCCUCUACUGUGGGCGACUGCGAAGCCACUCUUCGGCUACGUUGUAGAUUAUUGGCCGGCGCACAGGAAGCUAGUAUUCAUGCUGCUAAUAUCGGUUAUGACCGGCUCGUACUGUUGCCUCUGGUUCCUGCCCACCCCGGAAACCGUCGAGCCGCCCCUCCUGGAAUACGUUUAUAAACUGGAAACCGUUGAUUUGAGACGAAACGAUCAGUCCCUGAACUUAGAAAAGUACACGUGCCACUGGAACUGUACUCCGGGUACGUUCGAAGUGUACCUGCGGAACACGACCCUUAUCGAUACAGCAUACUUGGACAGUGACGUCACGAAUUCGACCUGUCUGACCCUGAACAUGGACUUAAGCGAAGUUCGAGAUGGGCAAGUUAAGUGCACGCCCAGAGAUGGCUGCGAUUUGUUAUGCUACGAAAAGGGAUUGAAUCGAGUCAAAAGAGAGAUAUCAGAUUCCACUAAGAAUUUGGUUGACGUUAACGAGAAGAUCUCUGGUGAUUCUUCUGUUGAAACGGGGGGAGGGGGUAGCGUCUAUGUGAGUCUUACGUUUUGGGCGUUCGUGGUUCUGAUGAGUCUGGGUACAGUCGCGUUUAAUGUGGCCAAUUGUAUCGGUGACGCCGUGUGCUUCGACGUGCUUGGUCCAGAUCGAGGGUCGAAAUACGGUGCCCAACGAGCUUGGGGCACUAUCGGAUAUGGGGUGACGGCCCUACUGGGAGGUUGCUUGGUGGAUAUGGUAUCUGACGGCAAGUACAAGGACUACACGCCGGCGUUCGUGAUAGCCCUAAUUGCGACCGGCAUCGACCUGUAUAGCUGCAGAGCGUUGACGCUACCCUCAUUAUCGAGCCCCACCGAUUCCGGUGCGGCAUUACGGUCUGUACUGCGGAUACCGAAGGUGAUUGUGUUCAUAGUGUUCGCCGUACUGGCGGGCACAUUCGACAGCUUCAUAAUCUAUUACAUGUUCUGGUUCCUGGAAGAAUUGGCCGAGGAAACCGGUUCGAUUGCCACGAUAAAGCUCAUCGAGGGCGUGGUGGUAGCCGCGCAGAGCUUCGUCGGGGAGCUUCUGUUCUUUUUCUGUUCAGGUAAAAUAAUUAAGCGCUGGGGCUACGGAACAACGCUGACGUUUUCAUUGUUCUGUUACGGAAUUAGAAUGGCGUUGAUAUCGUUCAUUCGGAAUCCGUGGCAAUUGGUGUUGAUAGAGGGGAUUAUGCAAGGCCCGACAUAUGCCCUUUGCUACGCUACUAUAGUCGGGUACGCGGCUCAUGUGGCCCCGGACGGUUACUCGGCGACUGUCCAGGGCAUAGUGGCCGGCAUGGACGACGGCGUGGGUUUCGCCCUGGGAUCGCUGCUAGGCGGACAACUGUACGGUUCUAUGGGCGGUCGAUAUUCGUUCCGAGUGUUCAGCGUAUUGGCGGUGAUCGCGGCCGCCCUGCACGCCGCAAUGUUCCUGGAAUUCGAUCGGGCUGCAGAUUCCUGUUGGACGAAUGACGAUGGUGAUAAGCCGAAGGUGACUCGGUUCGUUGGUAGACGCCAAUCAGAAGUGGAUGAAGACUGUGAUUAUUAUGAUUAUGAUGAUGUCGUAACGCCUGAUGAUUUAGAGGAAUACCAGGAUUCAGUCAUUUCUUGUUGCAGAGACGCGAGAUUGCGAUGAAAACAUACAAAUAGAAACGGUAUAUUGUUAUGAAGACGAUUCCACUUGUUAUGUUGAUAAUAAUAAUGAUGAUGAUGAUUGAGAAAAUAUAUUUUUGACAAAAAAAAAUAC